UUGUCUGCCAAGUUAUUUUUGGAGUAAUUAACAAGUGUGUCUAGUGCCUUUAAGCAGUGACAUAUGGACUUUAGCUUAUCCAUAAUGUUUACACUAGAUUACCCAGUAUGCUAAAUAUAUUGAGGGGAAUUUCAGUUUCUGUCUGGAGUGAGACAUACAUUAUGAACAUGUACAAUGUAACUAUAUGCAUCAGGAAGGAAAUGGUUUCACCAUACAGCACGGAAAAGACUUCUCUAUGAUUUGACGAGGAAACAUUGUCCACAACACAUAACAGUUGCACCAAUACAUAAAGAGAAUCAAGCGAAGUUCAAGAUGGCUGCCAGAAUCACAGUCCAUUCAGUGCUUGGUAAGAUCAGUAAGGAUCAUCUAGAAUGUCCGAUAUGCACCAAUCGCUUCAUCAAUCCAACAAUGCUAGACUGUCUACACAGCUUCUGCUUCACAUGCCUCAAGGAGCUUCACCAACAAGAUCCUAACAACUCCAUCCUACUGUGUCCUCUGUGCAGAAAGAAAACAACACUAGAAGACAACAAGGUUGACAGUCUACCUAAGGACUUUAAACUCAAUGCCCUGGUGGAUGAGUUUACUGUUCAGGAGCAACUUCUGGAGGGUCAAAGGUCAGAGGUGAAGUGUCAAGCCUGCGAUAAAGAUCAUACGGCCGUUUCAAGAUGUAUUGACUGCGAACAUUUUAUUUGUCAAGAAUGUCAACAAGCACAUCAGGGAAUGACCAUUUUAAAAUAUCACAAAAUCUACACGCUUGCUCAGCUGGGAUCAGGCGCAGUAAAAUAUCGAAGUAAAAUCAGAGAUUACGUUCCAAAGUGUGAAAAGCACAGUGAUCAGUCUUUGAAUAUCUACUGUAACACAUGCCAGAAGUUAGAAUGCACAACAUGUACCCUUCUUGAUCAUAGAAACUUCAAACAUGACCUUGUAGGCAUACCUGAGGCUCUUGAUAAAUGCAGACAAGAGGUCUCAGAAAUGGUGGUCAAAGCUAAAAAGCGCAAGGCAGAUUUUCAAAUCGACAUGGCACAAGCCGUCCACUCUCAGAAGAAACUGAAAACUGCAUUUUCCAAAACCAAAAUAAAGAUCUUUGAGAAGGCAUCUGCGGAGGUUACUAAGAUAACAGAGGAGGAGAAGAAGCUGCAGCGAGAGGCAAGGAGGAUCUAUAAAGAUAGAAUCCAGACAUUUGAAACUGCUGAGGAUAGAAACGACGAAGAGGUCAACUUGGCAGACCAGGAACUGGACGAGGUGGAUCGAGUCAUGACUCAAGGAAGCCCCCAUGAGAUUCUACGCCUCAAACAGAAACUUCUCAAGAAUCUUGACGAGCUGACGAAGAGACGGAGGCAAAAAACACCUAUCAAAAAGUCCUUCCUGGAUUUUAAAGAAGGUGUUGGUUUGGUAGGUAGACUGGUGCUUGACGAAGAGCAACGGCUUGAAACUGAGAGGGUCUGAAGCAUCUUCAAGCUAUGAUGCAGUCAGCGAAGAGCCAUUCUGGGAACUGAAAAACACCUUCACGGAAUUUAUCACUGGUCAGACGGCAUCUUUCAAAUCUGCAGUUCGGGUUGCUGCCUUCCAGAGCGGUGAAAUAGUGGUAGCGGAAACCAAGAAAAAUUGUUUGAUCGAUUUCCUAAUGCGUAAGGAAACAUCCAAGACCAAACCAAAAUCUGUUCUCAUUCCUCAAAGUUGUAGAUAUCUCAAGCAUCUGGAAGGACUUGCAGUAAACACCAAGGACCAGAUUAUUGUUCAAGACGGCGACCAAAUCAAGAUAUUCGACAGGAAUUAUAAGAUGAUUAGCGAGUUUACACCGGGUUACAGGCCAUCAUGCCUUGCAGUGGAUGACAAUGAUCUCAUAGUUUUGUGCCACUCGGCCGAGGAACAGAUGACUGUACACUACCCUGAUGGAACCCUCGUCAGAACACUGUCUACACCCAUACCUGCAGACCAUAUGACUAUCUACAAGCAACGAAUUAUCUUCACCAACUCCAAUCACAGAAAGUUAUGCUCAAUUGAUUGCAAUGGUGGUGAGGUAUUCUCAGUUGGUAUCCUGAAUGGAGAACCGAGGGCAUUAUGUUGUGACAGUGAUGGUUAUAUCUUUGUUGAUAUUUGGCAAGACUUAUCUAAAAAGAGAUCCACAUAUAGAGUUCACCAUUUUAAUCCUAAUGGCGAGUACAUUGGAAAUAUCAUCAAGAACUGUUUUGUUUAUGAUAUAACAUGUACACCAGCUGGAGAUUUGGUCAUGGCUUCAGGAAGCUCUGUGAAAAUCUAUCACCAUGCUUAAACCUAUUCAUUUUGGUUUUUACACACCGAUGUGUGUUAGCAUUAGUGGAAUCGAACCCAUGACCUUUGCAAUUCUACA